AUGUGUGAAUGCCCUUACCUGCUCCGAACAGAUACUUACCACCUCCGCAGCAUCCGAACCAAGACCUCCGACUCUCCUUCCUACUUCACCUCCGGCUUCUACAAGAUCACCAAGGGUCCUGCACGACCGGCCCACUACAACUUCGAGGAGACCAAGUACGUCCUGAGCGGCCAGAUCGAUAUUCUGGAUGUGGCGACUGGGAUUCAGCACCACUUGGUUUCGGGAGACUUUGCUUUCUUCCACGUUGGCUCCAAGGUUGAGUUCUCGACCAAGUCGGAUGGUUUCGCGUUUUACGCUGUGACGAGGCCUGUCAAGACUCCUCACCCUAACCUCCAGGGCCGUGAGGGGGCAACGAGCUCGAAGUCGAAGUUGUAG